GUGGGUGGAACUGAGUGACGUCACACAGCAGCCCGAAGAACGCGCAUCUGUGCAGAACUUUGCACUGUCAAAGUCUGCAAUCUAGCCGGCGAAAAUUCUCGUGAACGCAGCCACGGACGAACGGACGGACGGACAGACAGACAGACAGACAGCCCGCCCGCCCCACUGUAUAAUGUUCAUUUUGACACAGCUCUAUAAUUCCUUCUUGUUUUACAUUCCACAUUUUAAAAAAGUUUUAUUUAUUACAAAAUAUUAAAAGUUAUUAUUGGAAUAGAUGUACCUGUUUAUAGAGUAACAGACAAAAAAUGAAAAAAACAAAACAAAACAAAAAUUAGCGUUUCGGUGUUCCAUUACCUGGGCCUUGGGACGGGAGUCUGCUUCUAUUCCAGAGUGCGCAAUACGUCAAUAGCACUGAACCUCCACUACGCUCCGCACGCAGCACCCAUCAGCAGAACGAGCGUCGCGGUGCCUAACCAGCACAGACUGCGAUUCUGGAUCUCCGCUGCUCGACUGAGUGAGAGGCUGCGGCGAGCACAGUGCAUGCGCAGCACCGAGUCAAAGAUAUCAAGGAAUCGCAGCACCUGGAAGACGUGGUGUUGUUAUACAGGCAGGCUUGCACUGUGAUUGGCUGCUGCUGUCGCCAUGGCGAUGCGAGAGCUGGUGGAGGGGGAGUGUGGGGGGGCCAACGCCCUGAUGAAGCUGACAACUCACAUGACCCAGGACAGAACGCUGCGGCCGGAGGGGGUGUCGGCCUGGGAGCACCGGGGGGGCGGAGCCACAGCCAGCGUCCCCAAGCCAGUCGCUGUGUGCACAGAGGAUGAGCUGGUCAGCGAGAGUUCCACCAGGGUGGGAGUCUCCGCCCUCUCCAGAGCGCCACCCACUUUCAAGAUGGACGACCUGCUGGCAGAGAUGCAAGAGAUCGAGCAGGCCAGCUAUAGACACGCCCCCCAGAGAGCCCCUGGAGUGGCAGCGCUCGCCCUGUCAGGUGACUGGACUCAGGAGUUCCUCACCACUGAAUCCUCUGCAGCCAAUCAGCAGCUUCCUCAUGAACCGGCUGAAUCUGAUUGGACCAGAGAGUUCAUCGCUGACACUGCCGAGACACAAAGUCUGGGGUUCGCGAGGCCAGGUUCAGGUGGGGAGUAUUUGGAGCAGUCGGAGGAAAAGCUGUGGCUCGGAGACUUUGAAAGACAAGAGAAAGAGUGGACAGAGGAGUACCGACCCCCAGAUGACCUCAGAGACACGGCCAAUCAGCUGCUGGCAAAGGUGGACGACCCCAAACUGCAGAACACAGAGUCGUCGGUGGAGUCCUGGGUUGAUGAGUUCACCAAGGCCCCAGCCCUCGUCUCAGACACAGACUUUGAGAAGGCCCGCGCUGCAGUGGAGUCGGACGUGGAUUUCUGGGAUAAGCUGCAGGUAGAGUGGGAGGAGAUGGCAAAGAGAGACGCAGAGUCACACCCCUGGCUCUCGGAGUUCGACGAGAUUGUCACAUCGUCAUAUGACAAGGGGUACCAGUUCGAGAGUGAGAACCCGCUGCUUGAGCAUCCCGAGCCCUUUGAGGAGGGGCUGCGCCGGCUCCACAGGGGGGACAUCCCCAACGCAGUACUGCUGUUCGAGAGCGCAGUCCAGAGGGACCCCCAGCACAUGGAGGCGUGGCAGUAUCUCGGAACCUCUCAGGCUGAGAAUGAGCAGGAGUUGGCUGCUAUCAGUGCCCUCCGCAGGUGCCUGCAGCUCCAGCCUGAUAACCUGGUGUGCCUCAUGGCUCUGGCUGUGAGCUUCACCAAUGAGUCUCUGCACAAGCAGGCCUGCGAGACGCUGCGGGACUGGCUGAGACACAACCCACGCUAUGGUAGCCUAGUGAGGGAGCGCGAGAGUGGGAGUGCGUGCGCGAGCGGGGCGCACAGAAGAGCAUUCGGGUCCCUGCUGCCAGACUCUCUCUUCUCAGAAGUCCAGUCUCUCUUCCUCGCCGCGGUCAGUUUGGACCCAUCUCAUAUUGAUCCGGAUGUGCAGUGUGGGUUGGGGGUUCUGUUCAAUCUUAGCAGCGAGUUUGACAAGGCCAUCGACUGCUUCAACACUGCACUGAGCGCCAGACCAGAGGACUAUCUCCUCUGGAAUAAGCUGGGUGCCACUCUUGCUAACGGCAGUCGCUCGGAGGAGGCGGUGGAGGCCUACAGGCGAGCGCUGGAACUGCAGCCAGGCUUCAUCCGCUCCCGAUACAACCUGGGCAUCAGCUGUGUGAACCUAGGGGCGCACAGGGAAGCUGUCGAGCACUUCUUGGAAGCACUGCGCCUCCAACGUUCUGCCAGUGGGGAGGGGCUUGCCAGGGAGGGGGGCAGGACCUCUGCACAGGGGGGAGGGGCCACCUCAGACAACAUCUGGAGCACACUCAGAAUGGCCCUGUCCAUGAUGGGGGAGAGCAGCCUGUACAGUGCCGCAGAUCAGCGAGACCUGGACACCCUGCUGAGAGAGUUCGGCCUGGAGAGGGAGGGGGAAUGAGUGGGCUGGGGGGGAGUGAGGGGGCGCGGACCAGCCUGCGAGUGUGAAGCCCACGGGCACACCCACUGUUCAGGAGAGCGGAGAGACUGGGACUGACGUAACUGCACCACACCUCGGCCAUGUUGGCUCCAGGUUCCCUAUAGAUAGACAGGAGGUCGGCUCUGUGGUGGAUCCACAAUGAUGUCAGUUUCUGCAAGUGGACUCAUGAGGACAUUUGGUACAGUGAAGCGGAGGGAGGGGAAAAGGACAAUAUGCCACUGUUAUACAUGUAAUAAUACAACUGUACCCCAGUGUUGGACAUCUUGGCUACAUCUUCACUGUAUGCUUCACUGUAUUUUAUACAGACUGACUUCAUACUGGAGCCACACUGGAGCCACACUGCCUUCCUCCCCCCAGUACCUCCUCAGCUGUAACCAACAGAGCCACGCUGCUUCUCUCCCUCCCAGUCCCUCAGCUCUAACCACCAGAGCCACGCUGCUUCUCUCCCCCCAGUACCUCCUCAGCUCUAACCACGAGCCAGACUCCCUCCCUCCUCAGCUUUGAACAGUUAUACAAUACAUUGUAAU